AUUAUACUGAUAAUGAUAGUAAUCUGAAACCAUCGUACCAGGAAGAAACUUAUCACAUAGAAAAUGAUUAAUUUUAUUAUGUAUAUUGUGUUUUUAUUCUUUUAAACUUAUUUGGUUAAUACGUCGAUCAGGAAAUGAAAGAAAGAAAUUUGGAAGCUGAAACAGAACUUUUUGAGAAGUCGAAAACCAAGAAAUUGGGAGUUGAGAUAAGCAGCAGCUUCAGCAUGGAUGCAGAUGCAGCACUCGAUGGUGGUAAUGGGUUGAUGGAAGCAUCGGUACCAGGGGACGUAACGACACCUGAAGCUGAGAGAAAUGCAGAACCUUAUGUUGGUAUGGUGUUUGAAACAGAAGCUGCUGCUAGAGCAUACUACAAUGAAUAUGCUGGCCGAGCAGGAUUUUUGACCCGCAUUAUAUCGUCCUGUAAAUCAGAGGGGGAUGGCUCAUUCGUAUCACGUGGGUUUGGUUGUAGAAACAUUCCUACUAGCCAAAAGACAGGUAAUAUGUCAAAUGAAGGUGGACAAAAACAAAGGGGUGGUUGUACUGCAACACUCUUAGUAAAACGAGAGAAUGGAGGGAGGUGGGUUGUCAAGAAAUUCGUGCGAGACCACAACCAUCCUUUGGUAGUUUCACUUCCCAGGAGAUGCCCUACUUUUGAUGAGAAAGACAAAAGGAUUCAGGAGUUAACUGCUGAAAUAAGGGUAAAGAAACGUCUGAGUGCAGCAUAUAGGGAGCAGUUACUUAUUCUCAUGAAAGAUGUUGAAAGUCAUACUGAUCAUAUAACAUCAAAAGUUCAAAUGACCCGUAAUAAUCUAAAAGAACUCGAAGAGAGAAGGCAGCAGCUUUCAAACCACAACAAACCAAGUUUGUAGGCUUUACAGUGAUGUUCAUCAUCUGAAAACAUGAAGGGGAACUGGAAGGUGUCAAUUCAUGUUCGAGGGGAAUACUCUGAUUUGGCAGGAUAAUAUGAAUUUGUGACAGUUUUAGCCCAAUAAUUCAGCAGCAUAUUUUUUUAAAAAAAAAUAGUCUUUUAUAGGGCCCAAACAAACUGUCACAAAACCAUAUUAUUUGGCUAAAUUCAUGAAUUCACCUCAAAGAAGAAACAGCGUCGUUUUGUCCACAUUGACAGCCGCUAGUCAUCUCUGGUUGCCAAUUGUGUUUUCCGACUCUGAAUUUCAGAACAAUAUUCUCUCUAAAGCCAGGUUUAGCCAUCUCUUGGAGCAAUGCUUAAUCAAUAUUGUGAAAGAUGCAGAAGCGGUGGCACGCCAGCUUGUAGACGCUUACAGUUAACCAGAACGAAGAAACUGUUGAAGCUGACGAGCAAUCAAAAGGCAUCUUGAGUUGGAGUAUAUUAGUGGAAGUCCAAAUUAUUUUGCAUGAUCUUAAUUAUUGGUAUAAAGCCGAGCAUUUCAAUGGCUUUUAUGUACUAUAAGUCUUGAGAUUGUUUGCCAAGAUGUACAAAUAAUAUUAUAGCAGGUUGUUGGCAUGUUCUUCCGAGGAGAUCAAAUGUGAAAUGAUUUAUGGAUGAACUGCUAUGUCCUGUAGCUAAAUUCUUAAAAAACCAACAGCUAUGGGGAGGCUCCGUGCCUCUACAUAUCUCAUACCAUCUGCCUCAUUCAAUGAAUUUCACUUUCUUUUCCAUUAUUA